CAAACUCCAAAAUAAAAUGAGUUCUAAGAACAGUAGCAUGUCUGCAACUGAAAAGGCUGAUGGUCUCAGUAGGAAAAACACGAAUAACGAUCUUGAAAAGACCGCCCUUGAAAGUACUGGGAACCAUGCUGAGGAGCUGAAGUCCCAAACUGAUGCGAAAUCUGAGGUUGAACUGCCUGUCCCUGAGGUAGAAGAAGACUUACUUGAAAUAAUCAAUCGUAUAAAGGUAGAGCGAGAUAAAAUUAAAUAAAAUCGUUAAGGAGGAAAAACUCAUGAUCGAAGACCUUAUUCUCUUCAAAGAUAAACUCGAGGAUAUCAUUGGUAGUGAAGUUGACGAUCUGAUCAGAUACAUCUCAACUAAGCAUAAGAGCAAGACUGACAAGUACUGUCUUAGGUGGGAUGAGCUCUGGAAGAUCAUGGUCUUUGACUGGCCCAUCUGGGAGAAUGAAAACAGAAACCUCCAGAAAGUAGAUGACUGGAUCAGUCAAGACAACCAACAAGUUGAGAACCUCUAUGAAGAAUUUGACGAAGGAAAGUUCGAAAGAGAGCAAAUAAAAGAAAAGGGAAGAUUUACGUUAAAGCUAAAGCUUGAUAAGCACCAAGAGAAAAUCAAUGAUGUUUUCAGAUCUUACUGUGAGAAUAUUCCUCAGAGCGAAUCUGAUAGUGAUAGAGAGCCUGAAGCCCAAAACGUUAAAACUUCAAAGCCUAGCAUUAAUACUAAAAACGAAUUUGUCAAAGAUGAUAAGUCUGAGAUUGUCUCUAAAACUGAGCGUGAUGCUCAAACUGAGAAGAAUGAGGAUGACACCGAGCUGAAGAGUAUGAACAAGACUGAUAAAGCAGCAACUGAAAAGAUGAGCACAGUAGAUAGGAAGAACUCAAUGAUCACUCUAAAGAAAAAUGUAGAUGAAAGCAUGACUCUCCAGAUCCCAAUGGUCAAGGUGAACAAACUUGGAAAAAUCAUGAAGGAUCUAGGAUAUCUCAUAGACCUCUCAUUCAUCACUUAUGAUGACUAUGUCAACCAAAGUUUUGAGAAGAAAAAGACUCAUAAAGACCUUGUGAAGAGACUACAGAAAUACUGCUGGAAGCGUAUACAUAUUUCUGAAUGUAUUGAUAAGGUCCAGAGAGGCUCUGCCAAGAGCUUUGGUGCAGGAAUCCUCAAGCAAAGUAAGCAUGAUCCAAAUUAUAAUGAAACAAAAGGGACAAUCAAGACUGGCAUGGACCAGACUGUUGGAAAAUCUGAAAGACCAGAAACCGGCAUCAGCCAGACAUCUAGAUCUUCUGAUAAAACAAAGAAAACUACAAAGACAGAGAAUGAUGGCAAGACAGAGAAUGAUGGUAGAACUGAGAAUGAUGGAAGAACAUCGAAAUCUGGAGACUCUGAUAAUGAAAGCAUGGGUAAGACUUCAAUGUCUCAAACCAGCAAGGAUGCAACCACUGUGAAAGGGACAGAAAAGAAGGAAGCAAAAGAGAGUACUAUUAUAUUUGAAGAUGAAGCUUUUAAGAAGGAAAAGUUCAUUAAAGAACUUGAUGUUAACCUAUUCAUUGGAUAUUUAACAGAUUUCUAUGAAGAAGAGCAAGAUAUACUUAUCCCAUCCUCAGAUCAUUUUGAUACAAACAUCGAUGAAAGAGCAGAAGAUGCAUUCAGAGCAGCAACUGAUCUCAACUAUGACCCUUUCAAAGAGAAACUUCAGAGGACUUUGGAGCAAUAUGAAGCUGCUAUGGACGAUCCUGAAGGUUUCAGAAAUCCUCAGGAAAGGGACAUUGCUGCUAAAGUAGUCAAUGACCUCAGAAAUCAGCUUCUCAACAUUGACAAAAUCAGCAAGAAAGCUGAGACUGAGAGAGACAUGAAGAGUAUGGUAAAAUCUGUGUCUACUUCUAUUGAAGAUAGGAGAAUCAGAGGUCUCAGAGAAAUCUUUGGAUUCUAUGCUCAGCAGCAUCUCCCUCAAGGACUUGAAUUCGGAGAUAUUGAGAACAAAAAGAAUAUUCUAGAUCUAGGAGAAUUUCUGAUUUUCACUAAGGACUUCCAGUUGCCAUUGAACAAGAAGAAAAUAAUUGAAAUUUUCAAAAAGACUAGUUCAUUAAGGCAACUCCCAGUAAAUUUCGAAGAAUUUCUAGAAGUUAUUAGGAAAAUUGGAGUUGAGAUGAAUAACGAGAAGAUCAUGGCAAUCAAGAAAAGGCUUAAGGAAAUAAAAAAAUUGGAGAAAGAGAAACUAGCCAAAAAGCCGCCUGUUGAAGAAACCAAGGAUGACCCCACAACUCAGAAGGAUGGAGAAACUACAGAGAAGGUUGAUGACACUACACACAAAGAUGGAACAACCUCUAAGAAUGAAGAUGAAACUUCCAAGCCGAAUGAGUCCAAAACAGAGACUUUCACUUCGAAGAAAGAGAAAAAUGAUGGUGAAACCUCUGAUGGCAAAAGUAAGACUAUUCAAGAGAGUAGAAAGUCUAUCGGUCAGACUUCCAAAUCAGGCGUCGAUUCUGAAGAUGAUUCAGACUCUGAAAGUAAGUCUAAGACUACUAAGAAGACGAAGAAGACUAGCAGGACUUCGAAAAGUGGAAAAGAUACAGAAAAUGAAUCUGAUAGUGGCAGUGAAUCCCCUAUGACUACUAAAAGUAAGAACAAGAGUGUUCGGUUUGGCACUAAUGGUGACAGGAGGAAGUCUCAAAUAGAGCACUCAGAGAUAGAUGAAAUGAGAUCGCUGAAGCUCAGAGAAGAUCCUCUAAAUGCUUCUAAAAUGCAGAGACUAGAUGAAAACCUCGAUCCUAUUCAAAUAGAGAAGGAUCGAAUUGAAAAUGAACUCGAAAAGUUCACCAGCAAGUCAGUCGAGAUGUGCCAAGAAGAUAUCAUGAACUACCUUGAAUGUCAUGAUCCUCAGAAGUUUAGGAAGAGGGCUAAGGGAGUUCAAAAUGUUCCUUUUGCAAUGAAGGACUUUUGAUACAGAAUUUCUAAAAAAGAGAUUGAGACUUCGAAACGAAACACUAAGCUCAGCGCCGCCCAGAUAAAGGAGAAAAUGGAAGAAAUGAAAAGGAGAAGAGAGGAAGUGAAGAAAAGAAACAAGAUUGAACGCGAAGCCAUCAAAGCUAAGGAGAAAAUGCUUGAAGAGAGGAAAAAGAAAGCUAACAGAUUCGGCCAAAUUAACCUUGCAAAGGCUCUUAAGAAGGCUAACCCUGAUGAUGACGGAAUCAGUUCUAUUAAUGGAGGCCAGUUCACUCAGAGUCCAUCGAAUAAGCUUUCCUAUAGAGUGAGGAAGAAUAAGCAGAAGGGGCUACCUGAGGAGGAGGGGAUGAAUACUAAAAUCACAUUGGAUUUAUUACAGAAACUGCAUUAUAAAGAUAUCCAACAAUCAAUGCCUGAUGAUUUCAAGCCUGAAAAAUAUGUAACUGACGGCGAUGAAGACGAGGAAGAUGAGUCUGUCUUUGAUUACUUUUUCCCAGGAAGCAAGAAGAAAAAGCCAAAGAAAGAUGCCAAAGGAAAUAACUACUCUGAAAAGAUUAUGAACAUGAAAAGAGAACUUGGAGAUACUAAAAAGAAGGGACAAGAUGUUAUGUUUGAAGAGCCAGAUUCUACAUAUAAAUCAGAUAAAGAGAGCAGAAAGACUAAGACGAACAGAUCUAUCCAGCCUUCUAACCCAGGACAGGGAAAGAAAAUUCAUAGAAGAGCUGAAAGCCAAGUGUCUCUACAUUCUGGAGCAACCCAAGACUUGCUCAAAACACCUAAAGGUCAACUUACUACUAGAAGGUCUGUGAAGAAGAAUCUAAAUUCGAUUAAAGGAGUCUCUAAAAAGCAUGUGCCAGGCUACAACACAUCUCGAGGAGGAAAUGCUAAGCGUAUUCCAAACGGUAGAAGUAAAUCCAAGGAAAAGCUACACAAAUCUAACAGGAAAUCUCACAUCAUGGGAAAGAUUGCUAAAAUUGAAGACAUGAGGAAGAAGCAAGAAAAAAAUAACCUUGAAAGAGCAAUGAAGAUACAUAACAACCAAAUGAGGAGGUCUCAAAAAUAUCUUAAAUAAUUUCAAUAUUCA